AUGGCGGAGGAGGUUGCUAAUACUGUGGCUGGGAAAAUAGUGGACUUGUUGUUUAGUGGGGCUAAACGGGAGAUUGAUUACAUCCGAAAUUACACUAAAAAUGUUGGCAAGUUGGAGAGUGAAGCUCGAAAGCUCAAGGGUAUAAGGGGUAGGAUUCAACAACGAAUCGAUGCGGCUGAAGGAAAUGGAGAAAUUCUCUUAGCUGGUGUGCAAGAGUGGAUGGACAAGGCAGAAAUUGAACUAUCCAAGGUGGAAGAGUUUCUUGAAGAAGUAGCCAACGCCAAGAAGACGUGCUUUAACUUACGACCUUGCGUCAAUUUGGGCGCCCUCUACCAUUACAGUAAGAUGGCGAUAAACAACACCUCUUUUCUUCUGGAUCAACAAAAAGAUGGUGAAACUCAUGAAAAUCGUGUCUCCAUUCCCGCUCCCACCCCAAGAUUGGUAGACCUUUACCAAACAAAAAAUCUUGAGGAUAUUGAUACCCACAAGUUGGCGUUGAGGGAAAUCAUUGAAGCGAUCAAAGAUGAGAGCAUACAAAUGGUUGGAAUUUAUGGAUCAGGGGGUGUAGGGAAAACCACAUUAGCCAAGGAAGUUGCUGCAGAAGUGAAGAAUCUAUUUGCAGAGAUUGUGUUUAUAACUGUCUCACAGACUGUAGAUGUUAAAGAGAUUCAAAAACAUGUUGAAAAAGCAGCAAAGCGUAUAAUCAUUAAUAAGGAGAAGGUUCUAAUCAUUUUAGAUGACAUAUGGAAAAAGCUAGUCCUCUCUGAUGUGGGCAUACCAUGUGGGAAUAACCACAUGAAUUGCAAGAUCUUGUUGACGUCUAGAAGCAGAAAUGUAUGUGAAGGGAUGAACGCCGAUAGGAAUAUUUGUGUAAACACUUUGAAAAAGGAAGAAGCGUGGGUCCUCUUCAAACGUAUAGUUGGUGAUGAAAAGUUAGCGAAUGACUCCGGUCUGGAGAAAAUUGCAAAAGAGGUGACUGAAGAAUGUGGUGGAUUGCCACUCAUCAUUCAAGCGGUGGGAAAUGCUUUAAAAAAUAAAAAAAUUGAUAUAUGGGAGGCGGCACUUGACCGACUACGAAAGCAUGCACCUCUAGAGAUCGAUCAAGAGAUAAGGAAAGCAUUUACUCAUUUGAAGCUGAGCUAUGACUUACUUGACAGCAAAGAAGCUAAAUCAUGCUUCCUACUGUGUAGUUUGUUCAAGGAGGAUGGAAUCAUAUCUCUGUUAAGCCUAGCAGAAUAUGGGGUAGGUAUAGGGAUAUUUAAAGAUCUGGACAGCAUUAACGAUGCAGAAAAAAGAGUCCGAAUGGCAGUUGACACCCUCACAUCCUCUUGCUUGUUAUUGUCUAAGCUGGGAGGUGCAGUAAAAAUGCAUGAUGUUGUGCGUGAUGUGGCUUUGUUAAUAACUUCUUCUUCUGAAGGUGAAGAGAAGGAGAAGUUUUUAGUGGAGGCUGGAAAAGGUUUGACAGAAUGGCAACCAAGAAACAAAACCUCAGACAGGUACACCAAGAUCUCACUCAUGGAUAAUAGAAUUGAAAAGCUUCCACAUCAUCAGCUUCAUUUCCCACUCCUUGAUACUUUCCUUAUACGAAGAAAUUAUUUGUCUGUUAUUCCUGAUGAAUUCUUUGGAGGCAUGAAGGAAGUUAAAGUUUUAGAUAUGUCUUACAAUAAAAUCACAUCCCUCCCACAAUCGCUGAAGCUGCUCACAAAACUCAUCACGCUCGAUAUAAGUUACAAUAAGAAUCUCAUUGAAAUUUGUAUAGUUGGGGAGCUAAAAGACCUUGAGAUUCUAAAGGUUAGAAAAACCGGAAUUAAAGUGAUUCCUGAAGAGAUCGGUCAAUUGACCAACUUAAGGCUGUUGGAUGCGGGGGAAUGUGAUGAUUUAUCUCAUGUAGCGCCUGGUGUCAUAUCAAAGCUCACUUGGUUGGAAGAGUUGUAUUUUGGAACCUAUAUCAAUGACAAGAACGCAGUGUCUCGCUUUGGUCUUAUGGAAAUAAGUAAAUUGAAAUCGUUCAGAGCUCUGCAUUUAUCAAUGCAUUCAGAUGAUUGUCAUCUUUUUCCCCAAGGCACCUGCUUCGAAAAGUUGAAAGAAUUCUAUUUUCGAUUUUGUAAGGGCGAAAGGUUUUUAUUUGAGAUAGAAUCAAAAUCAUAUUUAAAACGUCGACUACACAUUUCAGAGUCUAACUUCCCGUUCAAGAUGCCAAUCAAGAAACUGUUUCAGGUAAGUGAUGGUAUAAUGCUGACGCUGAUAGCAGGUUUGGAUAACAUCAUACCAGACCUCUAUGGAGAGAGUACUAUUGAUGAAUUAAAGUCUAUUCGAAUGAUUAGUUGUGAAAAUGCUUCAUGCUUGGUGAAGAUAACAGAUGAGGAUGAGGAUGCAACACAAACUUUUGUUGCAUCCAAUGACCUGAUGCUUGGUCAAAGGAAAACAACAAAGGAAAAGUAUUUCUCCCAAGUGGAAGACAUCCGUCUGACUGACCUUAAGAGCCUGAAGCUUCUUUUUGAUUGUUCAUUUCAAUAUAUAAGUUUGCGAAACCUACAAGACAUUGAAAUUUCAGAUUGUUAUUCCUUGUUGACAGUAUUCCCGUUAAGUGUAGCACAAGGGCUUUCCAAUCUGAGACGUUUAGAGAUUCGGGGGUGUAACAGUUUAAUGGUAGUGAUUUCUGGUGGAGAUGAGCAUACAGCUGAAAAUGACAUUGUGUUCCCUAGACUUACCCAUAUUCUCCUUUGGUUUUUGCCACAACUAAAGAGCUUCUACUCUGGGGAUUCUACAGUCAAAUAUCCUUCUUUGGAGUUUAUCAGGGAAGCACAAAGUAAAAUCAAUGAUUUGAGUGGAAAGUGGAUUGGAAGUUUGCAAAUAUGAUGCUAGGCAGCUAAGGGUGUUGGUUUAGAUGAGAAAUAUAGAAAAAACGAAUGAAGACAUCUCAGACUAUACACAUUGGAUCAAAUGACCAAUUGAUAUCGGUGGAUAUUAUGAAAAAAGCAGUUAAGGAUAUUUAGUUUGGCCUAAACUCUAAACCUUAAACGAAAAAACUGAUUAACCAAAAUCAGACUUUUGUCUCUUUUCUUCCAUAUUUGUAAAAUUAAGUUUUAAUAUAUGAUUACAUAGACUUGUGUAUUUAUUUUAUAUGACAGUUUUGCAUACAUAUUCUAAUCUUGGGGUUUUCUCCUAUACAUUACAGCUUAGUGCACGUGUAUGAAGAUUUUUUUAUUAUUUGUGUCAUAUAUCUCUUUAUUACUUAAACUAACA